AACCUAUGAAUACUGUUGCCACUUUGUAAAAACCACGUGCGAAUUGAUUACUUGAUGUUUGAAGUUUUCUUUUAAAAAAUACAACUCGUUAGGACUGCAUGCAGAUUGAAAUAGACAUGAAUGGAAAUUUGCUUUUCACGCUGUUUAUUAUUCUUGUUCACAAUGAGAUGCUGAUACUCGUCAAAGGAGAUUUCUGCGAAGGAAAAGCGAUAGGCAACUACCCUCACCCGGACUGCACCAAGUUUUACUCGUGCGCAGAUAGCGGAACGCAUGUGAUGGAUUGUCAAGCCGGGCUGCUCUACAACUCAAAAACUGACCAGUGUGACUGGCCGACCAAUGUCGUGUGUACGCAGAUAGAAACAUUCAGCUGCAAAGAUCGUCCGUAUGGCAACUACCCCAACCCGGACUGCACCAAGUUUUACUCGUGCGCUGCUAACGGAAAGCACGUAAUGGACUGUCCAGCCGGGCUGCACUUCAACCCUAAAACUGACCAGUGUGACUGGCCGGCCAAUGCCCAAUGCGAGAAGUAGUGAUGAUCCCGAGCUCCGUACCGCAAGCGGUCGUACAUGAAACUGACAAUAAAAAUUCGCAGUCAGUUAGAUUAUAUUUGUGUGUAUCAACUGAAACGGAAUCUCCUUUCUAGAAUCAUAUGAUUCAUGGAACUCCAUAAUUAUACUCUCAUAAUUAUGCAAAUAACUUCAUGCAAAGUCUG